GUGUUGUCCCACCUCAGUUGGAGGGGUUGAGAGGCUCUGUGGUUUCUAGUGGGAAGGAGCAAGCCUUCAGAGCAGCUUUCUUUUCUCUUCUUCCGACCUUCCUCGGAGGGUUUAUGCUUACAGCCCCUUCCCUGCAUCACUUUACAACCCAACUUGUGAAAGAGGAGGGAGAAACUGGGGGUGAAGAGGGGGGAGUGAGUCAAACUGCUGAGAAGAAGUGUAGAGCCAGCAGCUUUCUUUCCUUUCCAAGCAGAGCACAUACAGAGAGAGGAGAGGAGGGGUCCAAGUUGGUCUUGUGAGUCCAAGCAGCUCAGGACGGUGAAAACUUCAAACCCUUUGACAGAGAGAGAGAGGGAGGGAGGGAGGGAGGCAGAGAGAGAGGAAGAGGUGCUGCCACCAACCAGCCAAAACCUCCAUCCUUCUCUCCCGCGGAGGCUCCAGCAUGGAAGUCCACUAAAACAGCUCGGUGCCACAGGAGGAAACUUUCCUUUCCCUUCUUCCUGCGCUUGAAAGUUUUCCUAUGCGGCUGCCUCGUCUUGUGCCAACAUGAAAGACGACUUUACAGAAGAGGACGAGGUUCAGUCCUUUGGCUACAAGAGGUUUGGUAUUCAAGAAGGAACACAAUGCACCAAAUGUAAAAGUAACUGGGCGCUGAAGUUUUCCAUCAUACUCUUGUAUAUAUUAUGUGCCUUACUAACAAUAACUGUAGCCAUUCUGGGAUACAAAGUUGUAGAAAAAAUGGACAAUGUUACUGUUGGCCUGGAAAGUUCACAUCGAAGAUACAAUGACAAACUCACAGAUGUGGAGAGUGACCUGAAGAAACUGGAUUAUAAAGCUGGGGAGAAAGCCUUGAGUACCAACACAGAACUUUCAAGCUUCAAAGAUGACAUCCUGGCCCUCCGCCAGCAGCUCCAUGAGAUUUCAGAUAAAACCGCAAAGAAUAAAGAUACACUGGAGAAGUUACAGGAGUCGGGCAGUGUGUUAGAUGACCGACAGAGUCAAAUGAAAGGUGUUCUGGAUAGCAACUCUUUCAUGAUCGCCAGUGUCAACAAAACUCUUCAAGCCUACAGUGGCUACGUCAACGACCUUCAAGAAGACACAAACAAAAUUCAAACUACUUUGCAAAGCCAAAUGCAUUCACACAGUGUAGUCAUCAUGAAUCUAAAUAAUCUCAAUCAGACACAAGCUCAGCAAAGAGAUCUUAUUAAUGCUUUGCAGAGAUCUGUGGAUGAUACAAGUCAAGCUAUCCAGAGAAUCAAAAGUGACUUUCAAAACCUUCAGCAGGUUGCCCUUCAAGCGCGAAAGGACACAGAUUGGCUUAAAGAGAAAGUGCAGAAUUUACAGGCGUUAGCAGCCAACAACUCAGUUUUAGCCAAAGCUAAUAAUGAUACACUUGAGGAUAUGAAUAGUCAGCUGAGCUCAUUCAGUGGACAGAUGGAGAAUAUCACUACCAUUGCCCAAGCUAAUGAACAGAGUUUGAAGGAACUCCAGGAGCACCAUAAAGAAUAUGAAAAUGGAACAACUGCCAGAUUUAACCAGCAAGAAAAUCGAUUCCAGAGCUUUGAGACAGAUAUUGUCAACAUUAUCAGCAAUAUUAGCUACACCGCCCAUCACUUGCGGACACUGACUAGCAACCUCAAUGAUGUCAGGACAACAUGCACAGAUACUCUUAGUAAACAUACAGAUGAGCUCACAUUUAUGAACAACACAUUAGCAAAUAUUCGCCUGGAUGCUACUACUCUUCGAAUGCAACAAGAUGUGAUGAGGUCAAGGUUAGACAAUGAAGUAGCUAAUUUAUCAAUAAUCAUGGAAGAAAUGAAGCUGGUAGAUUCCAAACAUGGACAGCUCAUUAAAAAUUUCACAAUCCUGCAAGGUCCUCCAGGUCCAAGAGGCCCCAAAGGUGACAGAGGGCCCCAGGGUCCCAUUGGGCUCACUGGCCCCAAAGGACAAAAAGGAGACAAAGGUGAACCAGGACCUCCAGGACCUCAAGGUGAAAAGGGACCAAGUGGACCAGUUGGACCACCAGGUGAAAAAGGUGGGAAAGGCUCCAGAGGUUCACCUGGAUCCAAAGGUCAGAGAGGUUCAACAGGGAAGACCGGCCUGCCAGGACCCAGCGGAGAGCCAGGACCACCUGGACUACCUGGGAAAGAUGGGCCCCCAGGUCUUCAGGGCCAACCUGGGCCUCAAGGCCUGCCAGGAAUUCCUGGCUUGACAGGAAUACCUGGUUCACGUGGAUUACCUGGUCUGCCUGGGACACCUGGGCCACGUGGUCUACAAGGCCAACCUGGACCGCCUGGGCCACCAGGUCCAGGGCUACCUGUGGCACUACAAAGUGAAACUAAUGGUUGCCCUGUUUACUGGAAUAAUUUUUCAGGCAACUGUUACUACUUUUCAACAGAAAGAGCCAUUUUUGAAGAUGCAAGGCUUUUCUGCGAAGAGAAAGCAUCACAUUUAGUUUUCAUUAAUAAUGAAACAGAGCAGGAAUGGCUUAAAAAACAAGUUGUUGCAAAAGGCAGCUUUUGGAUUGGCCUUACAGAUUCAGCAAAGGAAAAUGAAUGGCGAUGGUUGGAUGGGACGUUACCAGAAUAUGUAAACUGGAGCGCUGGGCAGCCAGAUAACUGGAAGCAUGGCCAUGGACCAGGGGAAGAUUGCGCUGGAUUAAUUCACGCUGGCCUUUGGAAUGACUUUUACUGUGAAGAUGUUAACAGUUUUAUUUGUGAACAAGAGGCAGACAAAGCUCAAGCUCCAGGAUUGUAAUAGGCUAUGAACUCAAACACACAAGAGAUUGAGACCUGCAUGGUGAAAUAUCCUCUGGGACAGAAGAAUCACCUAACCAAAAGAGGGAGCACUGAGAACUUUGAUAAAUGUACUUCAUCAGCACAAUCUCUCCUCAAUAUCUCCUAAUUGUACAGGGGCUUUACAACCUAUUGUGCAACUACAAUUGGAGUGGACAACCUUAUAGAUUCUCCUUGGCCAUGCUACAUGGAAAUCUUGAAGAUUGGUACUAUUGGUCAAUGAACUAUGCCAAAUUGACUACAAAUCAUGACCUUUCCACUGUAGGAAGAGGGGGAAAUACAAAGCUACUGUGUAAAUGCUACAGCCACUUGCUAAAAUCCCAAAUAUCAUCAAAGUAUAUAAAUAUACAUUUAUAAAUAUAUAAAAAAUUAUAUAAAAUAUAUAUAGCCCAGUCCUGAUCAGUAAUAUAGAAUAUACUUUUUAAAGCUUUUAAAUUUUUGUAUUUUUCUACAAAAUAUUUGCCUACUACAUUGACCUUUUAAUUGCCUUUUUAUAUAAAUAUAGUACACAGAAGCCAAAGAAAAUAGUAGUGAUACUACUUAUCAUUCAUUACAAAUGAUUGUCAGGUAUAAGUUUCAUUAGCUAUAAAAAAAGGAUUUUGGUUUUAUGUAUUUCCCAGAUAAAUUACGCUCAUUUAAUAACUUGUGAAGCUGGUUAAAAGUGGCAGUAACAUUAUUCACACAAGAGCAUCGAGUGAUCCCAAUGAAAAAUAUGCUACACUCUUCAAGUCUCUAAGUUUCCCUAUCAAUUGGUCCAAGUGACUACAAUGGGGUGAACUCAAGAGAAUGGCAGAAUUGCCUAUGUUGCAGGGGGCGAGUUUAGCAAACCUAUUCUCAGGAACAACAAUUACUACUCUGCUUUCAGGAAAGAGGUAUUGCACUUGAAAGAUAGGACCUCAACUCAAUGGUAGAAUGCAUGGUUUGCCUGCAGAAAGCCCCUGGUUGAAGACCAACUAUUUCCAGUUAAAACACCAAGUGUUAAGAAGGACCUUUGCCUAGGACUAGCUUGAAUAAAUAGUAGUCAGGUGAGAGGGACCACCAGUCCAACAUGGUGUAAAAUGGAUCCUCACAUUUUGUCAUGUUGUUCCUAUUUGGACCUAUUUGGACCGUUUCUAUUGGCAUGGAAACCAAUGGAGUGCUAAGGACUGGAUUGUGUAAUACUAACAAAUAGAGGCUCACAAAUGAUAUAGACAUUUCAUUCAGAUGUGUAUGUUGUCUACAGUAUCUGGGUUUUUUUAUGUUUGAUUUUACACAGAAGGCAUUUGGAAGAUGACAGUGGAGCAACCUCUUCACUGCCAUUCAUUUUUUGGUUGCAGAUCAAUCCCUUGAAACCACUUCCCUUAAAAAUGGAUUGGUGAAAUGGGUUAAGCAGCACUACCUUGCUUCUUUCUUUCUUGUUGACCAUUCAAAAGCUGCUGGAGGGAGUGGGAUAAAAAGACAAUGGGAGAAAAUUACACUCAUCAGCAUGUUAUGUCUUAUUUGGUACUCAGUUGACACAGUUGGCAGUUAAGACUUUCAAUACCAGCAUCGCAUUCAGUAAUGAAUUGUGCUUAAUCUAAAAACCAUGAUCAAAAUAAAAAAGCAGACUUCA